CAGUCUUGUCUGCCAGUUCUGCUAGGACGUCAUGAGGUCACCUCUGGGGGGCUCGCCUGUGACAGCGGCAGCAACACAAACCACCACCCUUGUCAUUCUCAGUCUAUAUGGAGGCCGUUAUACGUAGGUACUCAAGCAAUCCCUGGCAAUGACAUAUUGCCCUCGACUCUGCCCUGACGCCGUCACACUCAACGUCAUCCCCCCAAAGCGUGAUGGACGGCGUCCGUUGUCUUCAGGCGCACUCUGUCGCAAUCUCAAAAAUGUGAACAGCCUCUCCUUUGGAACUGCAACCCACGGCUUCUGCAGAGCCUCCACGCCCUCAGCUUUCACUUUCCGCGCCUUCAGCAAUCCGCUCCCACCAUGGGCUCCUCAGGGCUCGCGGGGCUCAAAUGCCUCCAGUGGCUGUUCCGAGGCAUCCAGUUCGUCUGCUCAGUCGUCAUACUGGGCAUCUACUCGUACUUCCUCGCAACCAUGGCCAGCCAUCAGAUGACCAUCCCGACAGGCAUCAAGGCCAUAGAAGGUAUCUCGGCCAUCGGCACCUUGUACGCGGCCCUCGGCGUCCUUUUCGUCUGUUGCUGCGCAGGAUUCCCCCUGUCGUCUUUCAUCGCAAUUGUCCUCGACAUCGGGCUCAUCGCCGCCUACAUUUACGUUGCCGUCGGGAACCGUGACGGGGCGAGCUCAUGUGCCGGCAGCAAUGUGAGCACCGUCUAUGGCUCGGGGGAGGCGAGUGCUUCUCCAAGCACGAGCGGAUCGGGAAACAGCAUCGCCAACGUCCCCGUCAAUGGAUUUCCGACUUUCCGGAUGGCUUGUAGGUUGGAGACAGUCUGCCUCGCCGCUGCUAGUAUUGCCUGCAUAUUCCUCGCGUUGUCUGUCCUACUAGAAAUCAGGAUGAACCGAAACCGCCACCGAGCAUCCCGUCCCACUCGUGACGCCGAUGGCGAAUAUAUCUCCAAGUCGGACUAUUACGGCCAGGGUGCACCACCACAGCGACGCCAGGGGCUCAGGCCGCUCCUGGGCACUUUGCCCUUCCGCCGUCGCGAACCUGAAGACCCCGACAUGUUGCCGGUGCACCAACAGCCCGGUCAGAUGCAGACGCGGCAGGUUGACACCUGGGGGGAGGUCGUGUCACUUCACGACAGCGACCGGCUUUACUUCAACGAAGGCGAGGAUAGAGAUGAGCAUGGCCCCCCUGUGCAUUUCACAUCAACGACCGCUCCUCGGCCGGCCGCUGGCGAAUAUAAUGAGGGUGAGAUAUCUGAUCAGGAAUACAACCUGUACCAGGAAGACCAAAAUGGGAACGACCGCAGCGAGCUUGGAAAACGCACCAAGCAGAGGGAGAGCAGGGCCGCCAGGGCCGAACGAUUCGCCGCAGCAUGAGCGAGCCAGUGCUAGCCUGACAGCAUGCAUGUCGUGUGUUAAUAUGAGGCGUGGUGUCUUCCGUGUCUCCGUUGGUUCAGAAACAAAUGUUUAAGGAACAAUGAUACUAGGUGCCCAGGCGGCGCCGUAUAUCAUGGGGGUGGCUGUCACUCCAGAGUACAGACGUCGUGAAGAAAAAGCAUCAUAGUUGACUGUAUGGGAAUGUUAAGAAAUGAAAAAAAAGGAAAAAAGAAAAAUGAAAUGAGGCUGCUGCAAGUUCUCUCUCGCCGGGAAUUGAACCCGGGUCUCAAGCGUUGCUGCUUCCAAGGAUGGCGAUGACAAGCUUGCAUACUAACCACUAUACUACGAAAGAAGCUUUUC